AUGAAUGUAAUCCCCAAUUAUUAUAAUAAUGUAUUCAGGAAAGAGGGAUUAAAUAAAUAUCUGUGUCGGAAUUCACUUAAUAAAAGUUGCAGCAAGGAUAUGCCCCAAAUGGUUAAACAAAAUAGACAAGUUUUAUACGCGAAAAUACCUCAAAUUAUUAGUAUUCGACACACAGCAAAAUCGAUAAUCGGGAAUUCCAACUCUAGUUAUAAAAAAUUUUGGAAUCAAAAUAGGAAGGUAUUUAAUAAUAUGUGCAAUAAAUUACAACAUUAUCACGACUAUAAUAAAAAAGAAUGUAUGCGAACAUUACAACUGAUAAAAUAUGAUUUAGGAAAUACCAAAAGACUGAAAUUAAUUAUGCAUUGGACGAGAUAUUUAGGACCUGAAAGAUUAGGUAUAAAUUAUGGAGAGCAAAAUUUUGAAGAAUGCCCCAUCAGAAAUUGUUAUUUAAUACGCAAUAAAUUGUAUUUAGUACCUCUUGCACACGCUUUGAUAUUUAACCCCAAAAAUUCGUUUAAGAAUUUCGCGUAUCCUAAAAUCGGAAGAGAUUUAUCACAGAGGUGGAUAUUUUUGUCCAGAGAACCUCCAACUCAUUUAAAUAUACCCCCUAUUCUAUUGAAAGACAUUUUUAAUUGGACAAUGACUUAUAAAUCGGAUUCUGAUAUUUCGAUACCCUGGGGAAUCGUAAAAACAAAACAUAAGGGGCAAAACUUAAAAGGUUUGUAUGAAAACAUUCUUGGAAGAUAUGAAAAUAAAUAUGACAUGCAUCGUAUUAGGCAGAAGGCUUUAAGUCCAGGAGGAAAAAUAGCUUGGUUUGUGAGCAAUUGUCACCCGUCUAGUCACAGACAGAGUAUAGCAAAAGAACUCAACAAAUACAUUACGGUUGAUAUUUACGGUGUGUGCGGUAACGAUACCUGUAAAAUUACCGAAGAUAGCAAAUGUUUAAACAUGAUACAAAAUAAUUAUAAAUUUUACCUUUCCUUCGAGAAUUCUUUAUGCAAAGAUUAUGUUACAGAAAAAUUUUAUAAAAUAUUAGGUCUAGAUAUUUUGCCCAUAGUCUAUGGAGGCGUUAAUUAUGAUGAACUAAUGCCAUUUAAAGAUAAGAAAGUAUUCGUUAAUGUGUUCGAUUUCCACACAGUAAAAGAUUUGGCUCAUCACAUUUUAUGGUUAGAUAGUAAUCCUGAAGAAUACAUUAAAUACUUUAAUUGGAAAGAAAAGUAUGAGUCUGCCAAGAUUAACUAUUGGUGCAAAUUAUGCGAAAAAUUAAACAACCCACAACACAAUGUAGAAAAAUUUUAUGGAUCCCCCAUGAAUUGGUUUAGUAAAAAGGAUUGCGUUAAAGUACCUCUCAUUUACUCCAAUAAUUCUAUUAACUUAAGAAAAAUCAAGCAAAGUUUAAAAAAAAUGAAUAAUGUAUAA